UACCCGGAAUCAACACAACAAUUUUCGAAAAUAUGUGUGGAAUAUAUUGUGAAAUAAAUAAAUGUUGUUGUUCACGUAAUACAUCAGAUAAUAUAUCGCAAAAUUACCUCGAGGUGCAAGAAAAUAUUUUACGAAGAGGUCCGGAUGCUUCCAAAAUUGUAGACUGCACCACAAAUACGCACGAUAUAUUUUUUGCCGCCAGUAUUUUGUGGUUACAGGGUGACCAUUUAACUUCACAACCUUUUGAAGAUGACAGUUCAAUUUUCAUUUAUAACGGCGAUAUUUUUGGGGGGUCGGCAAUUAACGAUGACAAUAGAAUCAAACAGGGGGACACGAAGUUAUUCCAAAACAUAUUAACUAAUGAUAUUGAGAAUAAUUUGUGUUUGUCUAAAAGUCUAAGCAGUCUACACGGUCCAUAUGCCUUUGUAUAUAUAAAUAAGAAAAGUAAUAAAUUAUAUUUUGGGCGAGAUCAUUAUGGUCGAAGGAGCCUGUUAAUCGGAAAAUGCAAGACGUCAUCGACAAGUUUAAUUUUAACGAGUGUAGCGAAAAGGGGGCUAAAAAAUUAUGAUCUAAUUGAGUUGCCUUCAAUCGGUACUUUUUGUUUGGAUCUUACUACAGAGAAGUUGUACAUUUAUCCUUGGGCAGAACAAAAUUUAAAUUUUCAACAAAAGCUCGAAGAAGUAAGUGCAUUUAUUAAACGGGACAUUAUUACCGUUAAUAAUUACGAAAAUCAAGGAUCAAUACAAUUUAAUCGAGGACCAAACGAGUCAGACUUAUUGAAAUUCAAAAUUGCGCAUAAAGAGACUAUUUUACGCGACCUACUACGGAAUAACGUGUGGGUGGAAAGAGUAAAUGCCUUAACGAAUUUAUUAAAACAAGCAAUUUCGAAACGAAUUUCGACCCAACCUCCGUAUUGUAAAAAUUGUAUGUCAAGCAUGAGCGUUUGCAAACACGCAACCACUGGGGUUUUGUUUUCGGGCGGAAUCGACUGCUCAAUUUUGGCUCUUCUCUCCGACGCUUUCGUCGACAAAGACAGACCAAUCGACUUGAUAAACGUCGCUUUCGAUUCGAAAAAAUUAAACGGCGAUUACAACACACCCGACCGUCAGACAGGCCUGGAUAGUUUAAGGGAAUUGCAACAUUUAUGUCCGGAAAGGGUCUGGAAUUUUUUACAAGUGAAUGUUACUAAAGAAGAACUGGAUGCGGAAAGGGAGGGACGCAUUGCCGAUUUAAUAUAUCCACUCGAAAGCAUUUUAGACGACAGUUUGGGCUGUGCCUUGUGGUUUGCUGCGAGGGGUAGAACCACCGAUUACACGUCGUCGUGUAGGGUAUUGUUGGUGGGUAUGGGAGCGGAUGAACUCUUCGGCGGAUACACUAGACACAGGGCGGCAUUAAAAAGGGACGGCUGGAAGGGAUUGUACGACACGUUGUGCACAGAUUGGCAAAAUUUAUCCCACAGAAAUUUGGCACGGGACGAUCGGGUAGUUUCCGACCACGGAAGGCAACUCAGAACGCCCUAUUUGGAUGAAAAUCUUGUGAACUUCGUACGAAGUCUCGAUCCUUGGGAAAAAACGUAUCCAUCGGAUGAGCUGCCUCAAGGAAUAGGUGAGAAAAUCCUAUUGAGAAGUGUGGCCUAUCACAUCGGACUGAAGGGGGCUGCGAUGUUUAAAAAACGGGCACUGCAGUUCGGCUCUCGAAUAGCUAACUCCAAAGAGAAUGCACACGAUAUUUCCCCCAGAUUAUUAUUGAAUAAACAUUAAACAUAUGUUUAGUUUAAUUCGAUAUUUAAAUUUUUAUCCCCAUUGUAUCUAUGAUCUAUUGUAGAUGGGAUGAAAAGAAACCUGCUUUGAAACAAUUUUUUUUUUUUUAAUUUUUAUUCAUUUUAUGCCAUCUUCCAACUUCUAAUCCCGUCCAAAAGAUAAUGUUUUAUGAGAGAACGAAAAUCGAAACUAAGAGCUGUAUCGUGCUGAAAUUUGACGCGUCGACCUAAAUAUCAAUGGACUAUAAGGCAUCAUAACAUUUUCGCGAUGGCAGCCCAUUUUGAUGGUCAAGGAAGUUACUUUUCACCCCACCUAGUAAUGAUA